UUGGUUCACCGCCAUAUUCCAAGUCAUUGGCAAUCAUGGCUGUACAGCCAUGCCAGCAGUUUUCGCUAGACGGAGCGGCAGAACAGGGAUUUCUUGCAUUCUAUCGUUCAUUGCCCGAGAAACCUGAAACAACUUUCCGUGUGUUCGAUCGUUCGGACUACUAUACUGUUCAUGGUGCUGAUGCAGCAUUUGCUGCCAAAGAAGUCUUCAAGACAACAAGUGUUAUUAAAUAUCUUGGGAUUGGUGAAAAGAAGGUUCCAUCAGUUAUUUUGAGUAAAAUGAAUUUUGAGAGCACAGUUCGGGAUCUGUUGCUUGUACGUCAGUACAGAGUGGAAAUGUACAGAGCAAUCAAAGGUGCAAAGAAUACUUCAGCCUGGGAACUUGUUGCCAAGGCAUCACCUGGUAAUUUACAACAAUUUGAAGACAUUCUCUUUGGAAGCAAUGACAUGUCUGUAUCAGCAGUUGUCAUGGCAAUCAAGCUUGGUAUGGAGAAUGGCCAAAGGGUGGUAGGUGCUUCAUAUGCUGAUGCUGCGGCAAGGAAGCUCGGAGUCUGUGAAUUUGUAGAUAAUGAUCAAUUUUCUAAUCUGGAGGCUUUGCUUGUGCAGCUUGGACCAAAGGAAUGUUUACUGCCACAAAAUGAUACAAGUGCUGAUGCAGCCAAAGUAUUGGAGGUGAUUCAACGAAGCAACAUUCUCAUAACUGACAGGAAGAAAUCUGAGUUUUCCAACAAAGACAUAGUACAGGAUCUCAACAGGCUUUUGAAGUUAGGAGCUAGUGGAAAUAGUGGAACUUUGGCAGAAAUAGACUUGACACAUGCGACAUCUGCUCUAGCUGCUUUGAUCAAGUACUUAGAGCUUCUUGCAGAUGAGUCAAACUUCAGCCAGUUUUAUCUGAGUACAUUUGAUCUAACACAGUUCAUGAAGCUUGAUGCAGCAGCUGUGAGAGCUCUCAAUCUUCUUCCAAACCCAUUAGAUGGAGGCAAUAAAAGUAUGUGUCUUGUUGGUUUGUUGAAUAAGGCCAAGACAGCACAGGGACAGAGAUUAAUAGCCCAGUGGAUCAAACAACCUUUGAUGGAUAAAAACAAAAUAGAAGAGAGACUCAAUAUUGUUGAAGUUUUCUUUGAAGACACAGAACUUAGACAAACCAUUCAGGAAGAGUUGCGAAAAAUUCCAGAUUUUUCAAGACUAGCCAAGAAAUUCCAGCGACAGAAAGCAAGUUUACAGGACUGUGUGAGGGUCUACCAAGCUCUUCACAGACUUCCUACUUUCACUGGUAUUCUUACUGGCUAUCAGGGAAGCCACCAUGAACUUAUAAGCGACUGCUUUACAAUGCCCAUAAAGGAUCUUAUAGAUGAUUUUCAAAAGUUCAUCGAGUUAGUGGAGACCACUGUAGAUCUCGAUCAGGUGGAGAACCAUGAGUAUUUGAUCAAAGCUUCUUUUGAUGAAGGAUUGCAAGAGUGUAGAGAAAAGAUGGAUGAAAUUUUAGAGCAGAUACCAGUAGAACUAAACAAGGCAGCACGAGAUCUUGGUCUUGAGGCAGGAAAAUCAAUAAAACUGGAAACCAAUAACCAGUAUGGUUAUUUCUUUAGGAUAACUAAAAAGGAAGAAAAGGCCCUGAGAAACAACAAGCGCUUUACAACGAUAGACACAAGAAAAGAUGGAAUAAGAUUCAAUAAUUCAGCACUACGGCAACUCAAUGAGCAGUUUCAAGCUUUUAAGGAGACUUACAAUGAAGUGCAGAGUAAACUUGCUAAUGAAGUGAUAAAAGUGGCUGGAGGAUACAGUGAGCCAAUGCAAAUGCUAAGUGACAUCAUUGCUCAGCUUGAUGCCUUGAUUAGUUUUGCACAUGUCUCAGCUAAUGCUCCUAUUCCAUUCAUCCGUCCAAAUAUUACUUCAAAAGGAGAGGGUCACAUCAAACUUGACAUGGCAAGACAUCCCUGUCUUGAAGUUCAAGACGAUGUGGCUUUCAUUUCCAAUGAUCUCAAGCUUGAAAGAGGUGACAAAGAAUUUUUGAUAAUAACUGGCCCUAAUAUGGGGGGUAAAUCUACUUACAUCAGACAGACUGGAGUGAUUGUAUUAAUGGCCCAGCUUGGCUGUUUUGUGCCAUGUAGCUCAGCAGAAAUUUCCAUCACAGACUGUAUUUUAGCCCGAGUGGGUUCUGGAGACAGUCAGCUGAAAGGAGUUUCUACAUUUAUGUCUGAAAUGCUGGAAACUGCCUCCAUAUUGAGGUCUGCUACUGAAAACUCUCUCAUCAUUAUCGAUGAACUAGGAAGGGGAACGUCAACAUACGACGGCUUUGGACUGGCUUGGGCAAUAUCACACUACAUUGCCACCAACAUCAAGUGCUUCUGUCUUUUUGCCACUCAUUUCCAUGAGCUUACAGCUCUUGCAGAUGAAGUUUCCACUGUAACCAACCUCCACGUCACUGCCAUGACCUCCAGUGGGACUCUAACGCUUUUGUAUAAAGUUAAACCCGGUGUGUGUGAUCAAAGCUUCGGUAUUCAUGUCGCAGAGCUUGCCCACUUUCCAACAAGCGUCAUAGAGGUAAGCAUACACUCUGACACGGGUGCAUCGCCAGCCAAAAGACGGCGCAUGGUGAAGCAGGACGGCGAAGAAAUUAUCAAAGAUUUCCUUAGUCGAGUUGCCAAGUUGCCAGUUGAGUCAAUGACAGAAGAGCAAACAACAAAGGAGGUGGCAAGAUUAAAGGAGCAAGUACUGGCCAGAAAUAAUCCUUACAUUCAAGAACUCUUGGCCAAAUGAAGACUGUUGAAGAAGGUUAAGAGGGAAUAUUAAGACCCUUAAACGACGAUUUCAUGUAAAAAUGAAUAAAUUGAAACUGUUGAUUACUCUGAUAGAAUGGUCAGAAAUGUUGGAAAGUUUCAGUACGUGCUGUAGGGAUGCAAAAGUAUAUCAUACUUGUAACUAAUCAGCCUUCGUCGAAAAACCGCUGGCUCUGAAGAUGGUUCUCUCGAACACUGAUGGAAUAUCUCAAUGGUACAAAGUAUUACUAAUAGGUUAGAAUAUCACGAAUGUUUUCUGGCAUGCUGGGUGUUCGUUACUGUUUUAUCGUUCUAAUAAAUUCAGUAGUAACAAAAACGUUCAUUUCAGGUUAUGAACUAAAAGAGAAUUAAAUGAAGACAUUGAUGAU